GACGUGAUGAACAAAUAUCAAUAAUGCUAGCUUCUAGUGAACCUUUCUAAGACUUUAGCGCGAAAUAUUUCUAAUCGUGAGAGUCAAUAAUGAACGUCAUUCGCAAGUUAGACGUGGACCUCACCCUGAAAGAACGCACGCAGUUACUUCUAGCAGUACAGGGCGAUGAAUCGCUAUCAAAGGCCAAGCAUGGUGUACUCUGAAUCUGAGGACAAAAAGACCAGCCAAAUGCACAGACAUUCCGUUGAGUCUGCUCUCAUCCAAGCCUCAAAUAAAGGUUAUACUAUAGAUAUGAUUUUGGGGAAUCGAGAGAAUUCGACGGCAAAGCGUGAAGAGAAACGACCGGUUGAGUACAACCCAGUAGGCCAAGGAGAUACCAGCGACACUGAGGAACAAGAAAAAGUGAUGAAGGACGAUGGCAGUGGCGAAGAGAGCGCAGGUGAGGAUGGAAAGCCGAGGAAAGUCAGGCGAAGUCGAACUACGUUCACGACAUACCAACUUCACCAACUCGAGCGCGCGUUUGAGAAAACGCAAUACCCCGAUGUGUUCACGAGAGAGGAACUUGCCCUUCGGCUGGACUUGAGCGAGGCAAGAGUACAGGUCUGGUUUCAAAACCGCAGAGCCAAGUGGCGUAAACGAGAAAAGGCCCUCGGACGAGAGAGCCCCAACUUUAUGUACCCAGGACACGGCGGAGAGUACCGUGGGGUCCCUACUGAAUUACCGCCCCUUCAUACUGCAUACCAACCCGUGCCCCCUUCGUUCAUGGACCGGUGGAACCCCCACGUCCCUGCUCUCAGCCUCAUCUCUCCAUACGCCACAGCACCUCCCCAAUAUGGUCCCAUGGGGCCACAUAUUGGCGCUCCUGGAUACUACUCGCCACACCUCCUGAGGCACUAUAUCCAUCCUGCUAUGGUCCCUUAUCUAAAAGGGCCCCUGAGUCCACCCCAGGGACAUGAUAUGAGGAGGACAAGCAUCGAGGAUCUUCGCCACAAAGCGAAGAAACAUUCCGCCUCAAUCUCCAGCCCGGAGGAGGGGAAUUCGAGCUCAUAAUGCAAGCAAUACAAUCAAUAUUAUUACCCUUUCAUGUGAGAGGGCUUGUAUAUAGUAUUUGUAACAUAUACAUAUAUAUUUUUAUGACAAUAGUUUUCUAUAAUGCAAUUUAAACAGUGAUGCUUUAUAUCCAAUUAAAGCAAAUUGCAAUGUAAAACUAUGAAUUCGGUAUUUUAAUAUUAAAACACGGUUCAGACCUUA